AUGGUCAUGCCCUGUGUGCUGCAGAAGCGGGUUGUCACUGGGCUGCUGCCCUCAGCACGCAGUAAUGUCUAUGAUAUCUCCACAGGGGAGAGGAAGAAGAACCAGCUGGAAAAGGAUGCCAAUACCACCAUCAGGCAGAAGACAACGCAGAGGAACUGCUCAUCCCCAGCUAACUGUUCCGGGCCCCGAAAAUGCAAGGUUUGUCUGCUGCCACACAGGCGAGGGGAGCCUCUGAGGCUGAAGUCACCCCAUGAGCUGGGGUUUCGAGUGACUGCUGAGGACCUGGACUGGGAAAAGAGAGCUGCUUUCCAGUGCAUCCAAGAUGCUCUUCGAGGGGACACAGAGGCCACCUGCAGCUGUGGCCCAACUUGGCCAUCCAGUGCCUUGGUCCUGUCUGCUGCAGUGGCUACUCCCCUGCCAGCCUCUGACACCCAGGUCACCUCCAUGGACUGCUCCCCUUCUUCCCAGCCUCUCCUCUUGUGGUCUCACCCUGGCUGCAGUGGGAGCAACUUUGCAUCUACCCAGGCCCUCUCGAUGCUGUCCAGGGGCAGCAUGGCCUCACUCACAGUCCCCCCAGGGCUGCCUGUGCUGCCCGGGGAUAGUGGAAACCCGGGAUCCACUGCACAGGCCCCAUUCGGGGCUGUUGGCAAGAAGGCGGAAGGGGAGGACGUGGGCUGGUGGCGGAGCUGGCUGCAACAGACCUACUGGGCAGUCAAGGAGAAGUCCUCCAAAGCCUUGCAGUUCAUGAAGCGAGACCUGACAGAGUUCACCCAGGUGGUGCAGCAUGACACAGCCUGCACCAUUGCGGCCACAGUUAGCGUGGUCAAGGAGAAGCUAGCUACUGAAGGCUCCUCAGGGGCAACAGCAAGAAGGAAGAAGAGUUUGUCUGACUUCCUAGGGGUGAUCUCCAACACCUUUGCUCCCUCACUGGACAAAACUAUAGACUGCAAUUUCAUCACCCUGAUGGGCACGCCGUCUGGCACAGCUGAGCCCUAUGAUGGCACGGAGGCGCACCUCUAUAGCCUGCAGUCAGAUCCAGCAGCCUACUGCAAUGAACCAGAUGGGCCCCCGAAUUGUUUUGAUGCCUGGCUUUCCCAGUUCUGCCUGAAGGAGAAGGGGGAGAUGUCAGAGCUCCUUGUCCCAGCAGCUGUUUCCCAUUCAGAAUUCUGGCAUUGGUAUUUCUAUAAAGUCCGUCAACUAGAGCAGGAGCAGGCCCGGAGGGAUGCCCUGAAGCAAAGGGCAGAACAGAGCAUGUCUGAAGAGCCUGGCUGGGAGGAGGGAGAGGAGCUUGUGAGCAUUUCAGCCACAUCUCCAAAAGAGGCAAAGAUUCCUGUGGCCAAAACUUCCACAUCCCCUGAAGGAGAACCUGGCCCCCUGAGUCCCUGUGAGAAUCCUGUGACUCCAGCCGAGCCUCCUACAGAGGUAACCCCGUCAGAGAGCAGCGAGAGUGUCUCCCUGGUAACACAGUUCGACAAACCUGCCACUGCAGCCGAGGCACCAGGGUUGCCCAAGAACCUGUCCCAAAAGCUUCUGGAGACAUCUUUGGAGGACCAGGGUCAGACGGUGGAUGUGGGUGAGACUGGGCCCCCACCCCCCGCUCCGUUGAAGCCCCACAUCCCUGCUAGAUGCCUCAGGGGCCCAGAGCCCAGGCCUCCAGGCAGAGUAGAGACUCUGAGGGAGGAGGAGCUCACAGACUUAUGGGUUUUUGAGCUGAACUCCAUCAGUGGGACGUCUACACCCUCUAACAAUGGAAAGAAAGGCUGAAGCACAGACAUCAGCGAGGACUGGGAAAAGGACUUUGACUUGGACAUAGCCAACGAAGAAGUGCAGAUGGCACUCUCCAAAGUGGAUGCCUCUGGGGAGGUGGAAGAUGUAGAGUGGGAGGACUGGGAAUGAGGGGAGCUGAGCGUGAAGCUCCCCCACCCACAGAACCUCCCAGUCCCUUUCUCAUCUUAUUCCAGCCCUGGAAGACACUGACUGAGAAUGUCUCCCCAGUGGCCUCUGUCAACCAGAACUCUGGGCACAGAUUCUGGGUGGCUCCUUGCUGGUCCUUUGGGCCUCUGCUCACAUCUGGGAAGGGGCUCACUAAAUCCAAACCAGGAACUCUGACUUGUGCCAACCAUAGGAUG